GUAGGAAAAGGCUGAGUUGUAAGCCCAAGCUUUUUUAUCGCUUUAUCAGUGAAACCAAAGAAAAUGGAAUCAUAAUUAUCAAAAAAAUGGCUUCUUCUUGUUUGACCCUUUCAUCAUUGAAGGCCGUAUUAUCCUCAACCCCCCAAAAAGAAGAAGUUUCUCUUCAUUCUUUCAAGAAAAUUCAAUAAAGAAAUUUGGUACUAUCAGAUAGAUACAAUAGGUAGAGAUGAAAGUUGAUGAUGCUGCUGGAGUUGAAGCAGGAAAAGAAAUGGAUAAGGAUUCUGAAUCUAAUAAACCUUCUUCUGCUCAGAAUAACCCUGAUGCUCGCUCUGUUCAAAGAACCAAAAGCUUCGCUUUUCGAGCUCCGCAAGAACAAUUUACUAUUCAAGACUUCCAGUUGGGGAAAAUCUAUGGUGUUGGUUCUUAUUCAAAGGUUGUGAGGGCAAGGAAGAAAGAUACUGGAAUUGUAUACGCAUUGAAGAUAAUGGAUAAAAAAUUUAUCACCAAAGAAAAUAAAACAUCGUUAGUGAAGUUAGAACGCGUUGUUCUUGAUCAGUUGGAUCAUCCUGGGAUCGUCCGGCUGUUCUUCACGUUUCAGGAUUCCCAAUCUUUGUAUAUGGCACUUGAAUCUUGUGAAGGUGGAGAGCUUUUCGAUCAAAUUACUAGGAAAGGUCGUCUGACAGAAGAUGAAGCUCGUUUCUAUGCGGCGGAAGUUGUUAAUGCUCUUGAAUACAUUCAUAACAUUGGAUUGAUUCAUCGGGAUAUUAAGCCAGAGAACUUGCUACUUACCGCGGAAGGACAUAUUAAAGUCGCUGAUUUUGGUAGUGUAAAACCUACAAAAGAUAGCCAAGUUUCUUUUUUACCUACUUUACCAUCAGACGACAAAGCUUGUACAUUUGUGGGAACUGCUGCAUAUGUUCCUCCAGAAGUGCUUAAUUCUUCUCCUGCAACAUUUGGAAACGAUAUAUGGGCAUUGGGUUGCACCUUAUAUCAGAUGCUUUCCGGAUCUUCUCCAUUCAAAGACGCAAGCGAAUGGUUAAUAUUUCAAAAAAUUAUAGCCAGGGAUCUCAUAUUUCCUGAUUAUUUUUCAGAAGAAGCGAAAGACCUUAUCGAUAAGUUACUGCAUACAGAUCCGGCUCAGAGACUAGGCGCUGGACCUCAAGGUUAUGUCGCACUCAAGAUACAUCCGUUCUUUAGUGGAGUUGACUGGGAUAACAUAAGAUCUCAAACCCCUCCUAAACUUGCUUUAGAGACAGGUGCAACUGAGGGACAUGAGCUUUACCAUGCACAUGACGGGAAUGGUAGCACCAGAUCUUCUGAAGCAUCUGGUCCUGUACCUAGGCUUGCUUCUAUUGAUUCCUUUGACUCAAGAUGGCAACAAUUCCUGGAUCCUGGGGAGUGUGUUGUGAUGAUCUCAACAUUAAAAAAACUACAGAAAUUGACCAGUAGGAAAGUGCAGCUAAUUCUAACGGAUAAACCAAAGUUGGUCUGCGUGGACCCUGCAAAGACGCAGAAGGUGAAUACAUAUGGGAUGGACAACCAAAAUGACCUCAGUAUAGUAGUUACAAGUCCUACAAAUUUCAAGAUUACCACGUUCAGCCAAAAAAGGUAAUGUGCUUUGAGGAUGCAAAGCAAAGAGCAUGGCAGUGGAAGGAAGCUAUCGAGGGCCUUCAAAAACGAUGAGUGUCUACUCAUAGUUUCAAAUUAAACACAUUUAGUUAUCGUAUAUCGUAUAUAAAAGCAUGUAGAGUCGAAGUUUAUCCAAAAAGAACCGUAUUAUCGGAAAAAAGAAGUUGUAAUAUGAAGAAGAGACUAAAGAGGAAGAGCAGCUUCAACGAAAUUCCCACCACACUUUUAGAUCAUUAUAAGUUCUAUGUUGAAAGCUUUCUUCGUGAAAUUUUUAUCACAACAAGAAGCCCCUGUCAUAUCGUUUUUCCAGAGACUUGUUCUAUAUAGAGAUGGUUUCGCUCAUUUUCGUGUUGUAAAAUAAAUUCAAUAGCCAGUAUAUGAAAAUUUCAUACUAAAAAAAACUCUCAAGUUCGUAUUGUUUGACUUUAAUUGUAUUUGUAUACCA